AUGCGUGAAGUGAUCUCUAUUCAUGUUGGCCAAGCCGGUGUACAAAUUGGAAAUGCUUGUUGGGAGCUCUAUUGCUUGGAGCACGGAAUUCAGCCUGAUGGCAUGAUGCCUGCACAGAAUGAGAACGAGUCCUUCACCACAUUCUUCUCAGAGACAGGAAAUGGGCGAUUUGUCCCAAGAGCAAUUAUGGUUGAUCUCGAGCCGACUGUUGUAGAUGAAAUUCGUACGGGAACAUACAAGCAUCUCUUCCAUCCCGAACAAAUGAUAACUGGAAAGGAGGAUGCUGCUAAUAAUUAUGCUCGUGGGCAUUAUACUGUUGGAAAGGAAAUUAUCGAUCUCGUGCUAGACCGAACGCGACGCCUUGCUGAUAAUUGUUCUGGGCUUCAAGGAUUUUUGAUCUUCCACUCGUUUGGAGGAGGAACUGGUUCUGGAUUCACUUCCUUGCUCAUGGAACGUCUUUCUGUUGAUUACGGCAAAAAGAGCAAGCUUGAAUUCUCAAUCUAUCCUGCGCCACAAGUUUCUACAGCUGUAGUUGAGCCUUAUAAUUCAAUCCUCACUACUCACACUACCCUUGAACAUUCCGACUGUGCCUUUAUGGUUGAUAAUGAAGCCAUCUACGAUAUCUGCCGUCGCAAUCUUGACGUUGAGAGACCCAGCUACACGAACCUCAACAGGAUCAUCUCACAGGUUGUGUCUUCGAUCACAGCUUCACUUCGCUUCGAAGGUGCUCUAAAUGUUGAUCUCACUGAGUUCCAAACAAAUCUCGUACCUUACCCUCGCAUUCACUUCCCUCUCGCAACAUAUUCUCCUCUCAUCUCCGCAGAAAAGGCCUAUCACGAAGCCCUGUCUGUCAGUGACAUCACCAACAUGUGCUUCGAGCCAUCAAACCAGAUGGUCAAAUGUGAUCCUCGUAAUGGAAAGUACAUGGCCGUCUGCUUGCUGUAUCGCGGAGAUGUCGUUCCAAAGGAUGUGAACCAGUCCAUUUCAGCCAUCAAAGCCAAACGCAGUAUUCAGUUCGUUGACUGGUGCCCCACUGGAUUCAAGGUCGGCAUCAAUUACCAACCUCCUACGGUUGUUCCCGGUGGUGACAUUGCAAAGGUACCACGUGCCGUCUGCAUGUUAUCGAACACGACUGCUAUCGCGGAGGCAUGGGCUCGCCUUGAUCACAAGUUUGAUCUGAUGUACGCUAAACGUGCAUUUGUUCAUUGGUAUGUUGGUGAAGGAAUGGAGGAAGGAGAAUUCAGUGAGGCACGGGAGGACCUUGCAGCACUCGAGAAAGAUUAUGAAGAGGUUGGACUUGACUCGAACGAGGGCGCCUACGAGGAGGGAGAAGAGUAUUAAAUGGCAUGGAAAUCAAUCCCUCUGUUGUUAUAAUAAAAGUACUUUGUGC